CAAGAUAUCCAUUUUUUCGUUUCUUCUUGCUCUACUUGUGCUAAAUGUAAAACACCUAAGACUCUUCUGGCUGGUAAGCUUAUGCCUUUGGCCACUCCUGAACGCCCCUGGUCUCAUAUAGCCGUAGAUUACGUCACUGACUUGCCUCCUUCUAAUGGUUACACCACUAUCCUCACUAUUGUGGAUCGUUUUUCUAGAGGAGUUAAAUUUGUACCAUUUGCUACCAUUCCCACAGCCUUUCAAACUGCUCAGGCCAUUUACGAGGUUGUGUUUCGCCAUUUCGGUAUACCUGAAGAUAUAUUGUCUGAUCGGGGUCCUCAGUUUACAUCACGUGUCUGGAGGGCUUUUUUUGAACAUCUAGGUGUCACCGUAAGUCUCACAUCUGGCUUUCACCCAACCAGUAAUGGCAUGUGUGAGCGUGUUAAUCAGGAGAUAGGUAAAUUCUUAAGAUUAUAUUGCCACAAGAACCCCUCUGAUUGGUCCCAGUAUCUAGUAUGGGCAGAAAUUGCCCAAAACUCCCUUAUCAAUGCCACCACUGGACUUACUCCGUUUCAAUGCUUUCCGGGUUUUCAACCUCCCCUUGCUCCCUGGACAGCAGUCUCUUCUGAGGUACCGGCUGUAGACGACUGGAUGCGUCGCAGCGAACAAGUGUGGGAACAAACCCAUCAACAUGUGGCUACCUUGUUGGCCAGAUACAAACAACAGGCUGACAAGCAUCGUGGUAACACACCUGUCUACAACCCUGGUGAUCGUGUAUGGUUGUCUACGCGGGACUUCCGUUUCCAAGCCCCAUCCCGUUGUCACAGGUCCCUUGAAUGAGGAUGUGCCCGAGGUCGUCCCACCGGAGCCGUUGGAGAUUGGGGAUUCUUCCACAUAUGCUGUCCGGGAAGUCUUGGACUCCAGACGACGCGGGGGCAGCCUCCAGUACCUCAUCGACUGGGAGGGUUAUGGACCAGAGGAGCGUUGCUGGGUGGACGCUAAGGACGUGUUGGAUCCUAUGCUUCUGGCUGAUUUCCACUCCCGGUUUCCGGAGAAGCCGGCUCCUCGUCCCAGAGGGCGUCCACGACGCUCCCUGUCCAGUACUGCUUCCGUGCGUGGUGCCGCACGUUCCUGUUCCCCGUGUCCAUCUGGUUCAGCUUCUGGUCAGCCGGUGGUCGGCUCCUGUCCCUCGGUUGUUCCACGUGGGCGUCCUCGCGGUCGUCCUCGUCUUCGACCUGUGGCUGCCCCUUUGGGUGGGGGUACUGUCACGUCUGCCAAGUCUCUGUUUAUGUCCUCUGCCUCCUCCACGGAGCCUGGGAGCGCUCCGGCGCUAAAAGACUACAAUCCCCAGAACCUUAUGGACUACAAACGCGAUGACGUCACGACACACAUGCCGCGACGCCGUGACGUUCCCCCGAAGUGUAAUUUGUCUCCGGUGUAUUUAUAG